UAAACAAAACAAACCCACGUUCGCAUUCGCAGUUUCUUCUCGUAAGUGCAUCUCGCGGAAAAUACAUCGGUUUUCGGUAGUAAAUUUCUCCCCGCAACUUUCGCGUGUUUCGCGGGCCAUUUUUGGAAAGUUGCUAACCGACCGCAGAAGCAAUGAAGUGUCACUACGAAGUGCUGGGUGUGGAGCGAAGCGCCAACGACGAUGAGAUCAAGAAAGCGUACCGCAAGUUGGCCCUCCGAUGGCACCCGGACAAGAACCUGGACAAUCCGGAGGAAGCGAACCAGCAGUUUCUGCUGGUCCAGGCGGCGUACGAUGUGCUGUCCGAUAUGCAGGAACGGGCCUGGUACGAUAAUCAUCGGGAGCAGAUUCUGCGCGGCGGACAUACCAACUAUGAGGACAACUCGUUGGAUCUGUUCCAGUAUUUCACGACUUCCUGCUACAAGGGCUUCGGGGAUGAUGAGGGAGGAUUCUACGCCGUGUAUGGAGAGGUGUUCCAUACGAUAGCCUCGGAGGAGAUUGAGUUCCUGGAGAACGAGGAGGAUUUUGAGGAUAUUCCAAAGUUUGGCAAUUCGAAGAGCGACUACGAGACGGAAGUUCGACUUUUCUACGCCUAUUGGGAGGGAUAUUGCACGAAGAAGAGCUAUGCGUGGCUGAACCCGCACAAUAUAAGCGAAAUCCGCGACCGGAGGAUCCUAAAAGCGAUCGAGAAGGAAAACAAGAAGGUCCAGCAGAAGGCCAGGAAGGAACGAAAUGAGGAAAUUCGUUCGCUGGUGAUGUUUGUAAAGAAGCGAGAUAAGCGGGUGCAGGCUUAUAAGAAGUUGCUGGAGGAACGAGCCGAGCAGAACAGGAUUAAGUCGCAGCAGAACCGGCUGGAGCAGAUCAGGCGGAAGCAGAAGGAGAUUGAGGAGCAGCAGCGGAAUUCGUCGAAUGUGUUCAAUGAGGCUUAUGAGGAGCAGUUGAGGAAACUGGAAGAAUCGUAUGCAGCUGCAUCAGAAGAGUCUUCGGAUGACGAGGAAGAGCUGGUGCAAGCCAUGGGAGACGCUAUGAAUGGUUUGAUCAUCAGCCAAAACGAAGACGGAGAGGAAACCUUCUACGUGGAUGAUCUCUACUGUGUGGCUUGUGAUAAAAUGUUCAACAAUAAAAAAUCUUAUGAGAAUCAUGAGUCCUCUAAGAAGCAUAAGCAGAAUGUGGAUCUGCUCCGAGAACAAAUGCGUAAGGAUGAACAAGCUGCUGCAAAAAGCAACGAAGAACCAUCAACUGAAAAGGAUGAGCCUCCUCAAGAUGAGGCCAGUGGAGUAGAAGAUGAAGAAGAGGAGGAAGCGAUAGUUAAGGCAAAAUCUAAAAAAAGUAAAAACAAGAAAAAGCCAGUCAAAAAAUUGCAGCCUUCCGAAGAUGAAGAAGAGCAUGUUGAUAUUCUCCUGCCAGGUGCUUCAAAAGCUGAAAGUGACGACGAUUGGGCGGAUUCUAAGAAGCCUAAAAAGGGGAAAGCCAAAGGCAAGGAGGUUGGACAAAGUAAAGUUAAGAACGGAGUUGCUGCUAAAGAAUCUGUUACAAAAGAUGUACCAAAACCGGAAACGGAUACAGCUAAACCAAUCGAACUGACCGCUGAAAGUGCCGAGUCGAGUGCUGAUGUGGAUCAUAAGUGCGUCACUUGCAACGAGAAAUUCAACUCAAAGAAUAAGCUAUUCAACCAUCUCAAGCAGACGGGCCACAGCGUCUACGUUGAUAAACUGAAAGCUCAGAAAUCCGACGGAGAACGAAGCAAAGGAGGAAAGAAACGAAAAUAAGUGCUUAACAUUAGAUUAAACUCAUCCUGUAAAUAUCUAUAGGUUCAUCAAUCAUGACUUAACGUUCCUUCAACUAAAAUAUACUGCUCAUAGCUUUUCCCAAAAUCCUUAUAAAACUUCUA